CGGCCCCACUUCCGGACCCUUGCUCCCAUCAUGAAGCCUCUUUGCGUUGGCCAAAUUUGGUUCACUUUUUCUCGUCACUCUUCGGAUCGCACUCGCCGAUCCAACUUAUCAUGAUGAGCUGCACAUGUCGAGCCACGCCCCUGAAAAUAUUCGUACAAGGCCUAUCUCAAGUUCACAAAGUCGACGCAUCGCCUUCCCUUCUCCGUCUUCCGAUUCGCACUCGACCAUCGUUGUACCAGAAUAAUUUUACCUUGGCGCGACAGGCCCGAUCUUUGCAUUUUUCAAAGGCUCUACAAGAUGCUUCCGGAGCAGCCGCAAGAGAUGACGACCCCUUCUCCCAUAUUCGAUCGGAAGAUGAAAAUCGCUCUGUGAAAAACGACGACCCUUUCGCCACAGACGACAAUUCAGAGUCGAUACCCUGGAAAGCACAACCAGGCACCAAUAAUGAGGCUCAAAAGCCUCGGAGGAGGAGGAGAGAAAAGCCAGAAGAUUUCACGACCUUGAAUUACCGCCGAAACCAGAGCGUGAGACAGCAACUAGAAGACGAUAACGAGGCAAACGAGUUCAAUGGCAAUCCCAACCAACGAAUGAAGGGUCCCUCUUCGUUACAACCACAACCAAAAGAGAAUUACUGGAAAAUCCAAAAGGCGGCUCUGAAAGAGAAGUUCCCAGAAGGUUGGCGUCCUCGAAAGCGUCUUUCGCCCGAUGCUCUGGCUGGUAUCCGCGCUCUCAACGCCCAGUUUCCCGAGGUCUACACUACCGAAGCGCUAUCGAACAAAUUCGAAGUAUCACCCGAGGCUAUUCGUCGUAUUCUGAGGAGCAAAUGGCAGGCUAAUCCCGAGGAGGAGGAGAAGCGGAAUGCGCGAUGGUUACGCCGUGGAAAGGAUGUCUGGGAGCAGAAGGCUGCGCUGGGCAUUAAGCCGCCGCAGAAGUGGCGACGUGAGGGUAUCACUCGAGAUCCUAGCUACCACGAUUGGAAGAAAGAGGCGGUUGAGCGGAACCGUGAGAGAGAGGCGCGGGAUGAUAUGGAGAUCAGGGGUGAUUAUACCCCUCGUUCUCGUACUUAUACUCCUCGAUCUGAGGGUUAUACGCCUCGGUCAGCUCCUCGAUCCGAAGGUUAUAGUCCGAGGCCUCGUACUCCUCGAUCUGGGGAGUAUCCUCCACGGUCAGUUUCUCGAUCCGACGAUCAUACUGCUCAAUCAAUUCCUCGAAAUGGACGAGGAAGAACUUAGAAAAUGGCGAAUGUACGAUGGUAUGAUGGGGAUUUGCAUAUAGACCGGCGCUGGUGUAUUGUACUAUAGUUGUAAACUUACUCUACUAUUGAAAUGAAUUAUGCAUGUUGGAAAUGUAUAUCAUGAUGCAGUUUUACAGGGUCCCGGAAGAAAUUAAUG